AUGGUGCUUGUGGAUAUAGUGGUGGUGGUGGUGAAGGUAGUGGUAGAAGUGAUGGUGGUGACAAAGGUGGUGGUUAUGGUGGUGGUGCUGGUGCUGGUAGUGGUGGUGGUGAUGAAAGUGGUCAUGUUGAUGGUGGUAAUGGUGGAGCUGUUCAGGAAGGUACUGCCCCACCAGUGCCUGGACUCCGUCUGGUCCCAGAGGAGGAAGCCUGGCAAGGAGCACGUGGCCUCCACUGUCAGUGCCACCCUCAGACAAUUCAACCACAUGGCCACCUGUGUGAUCACCACCUGCCUUGGGGACCCAAGCAUGAUGGCCCAGGACAGGGCCAAAGUGGUGGAGCACUGGAUUAAGGUGGCCAAGGAGUGCAGAAGCCUAAGGAACUUCUCCUCCCUGCACACCAUCCUCGCUGCUCUGCAGAGCGUGGCUGUCCAUCGUUUGAAGAAAACAUGGGGGAAGGUUUCCAGGAAGCGGGCACUGACUAUGAAACAACUCUGCAUGAAGGACAACAUACUGAGCAGGGAACAGUUCAUCAAGCCUUCCAGGUAUGCCACUCUGAUGUCCCAUGUCCCUGGAUCCAAGCUCAGGCUGCCCAAGAAGUGUGUUCCCUUCCUGGGAGAAUACCUUAAAGAUCUGAAGGUGAUGGACAGCAUAAUGGAGGAUGAUCAGGAGGUGCAGAGAGUUUUGGAGGAGAUAGUGCUGCUACAGGAGGCUGCACACAAAUACCAAAUAGAGCCUGAGGGGCAAUUCCAGGCCUGGUUCUGGGCCGUGAAACGGCUCAGUGAAAAUGAGAGUUACAUCUGGUCCUGCCAGCUGGAGCCACAGUCCUAGAUGGCCAGGGGAAUACUCACCCACGGAGGCCAAUGCAUGAUACACUGCAGAUCGGAAAAUUUUUCUCAUCAUAACAUUUAUAUUU